UCAAAGAACUAUAGAUCACCUAUAUUCACCUGUUCCAUAUACGCACAAAAUGAAAGUGUAUAGGAUGGGCGCGCCAGCUGUGUUGUUGGCGUGCCUCCUUUUCACACUCCUGCUCUCAGAGGCCACGACCACCGGUGCCGAGACCAUGAAAUUGACGACCACCCCAAUCUUCCCUCAGAUCCCACGAGGCCAGACAAGCAAAGACUUCCAGGUCCUGGUGCGCGUCGAGGCGCCACCGGCGGCGGGUCACAAGGGUCGUGUCCCCGUCGACCUUGCCGUGGUGCUCAAUGUUGGCGGCGGCACGGCGAGGCUGGAUUCAGUGAAGAAGGCCGUCCUGUUCAUCAUCAGGCAGCUCCGCGACGACGACCGUCUCGCCGUCGUUGGGCCGUCCAGCAACCGGCUCUUCGGAGAGACGGCCACUGGUUUUCUCGACAUCCGUGAUGCCUGGCGGAACGCCGGAAAUUCCCUGGACAAGCUGCAGGCCCGUCCCCGUGAUGGCCAUGCUCAGCAAGGCUCUAGCUUGAAGGAGGCCAUCAAGAUGCUUUCGGAGCUGCCGGCGAGCACGAGCAGCCGCGCGAGCUUCAUCAUCUUGGUAACGGACACCAAGGAGAGCAGCAGGUUCAGCAAGCUGCCUCGCGAGUUCCUCAAGAACCAACCCGUCGUCCACACGAUCGGCUUGGGCGCCGCGCACGACCCCAAGGCGCUGCUCUCCAUCGCCGAGGAGUCCCAUGGCACCUACUCCUUCGUCGACGACGACCAGAACAUGGACAGCAUCACCGGCGCCGUCGCCGUCUGCCUCAGCGGGAUCAAGGCCGUCGCCGCCGUCGGCACGCGCGUCAGCCUCGAGGCGGCCGUCGGGAGCGGCGUCAGGGUGGAGAGGAUCGAGUCGGGGGGAUACAGUAGCGCCAUCACUGGCGACAGGACGUCCGGCGAGGUCACCGUCGGCGUCCUCUACGCCGGCGAGGCGAAAAGCUUCAUCGUCCACCUCAACGUGCCUGCUGUGCCCCCGACGUCGGCCUCCGUCGACGGCUGCUGCGACAAGCAAGACCUGCUCACCGCCAGCUUCUUCGGCCACUACAUGGCCAGCGACGGCGAUGCUUCUCCACCGAAGAUCCAGGCCACCUUGUCGGUGCAAAGGCCGCCGCCGGAAGGCGUCGCCAUCGCCGCCUCGCUGCAGAAAGUUCCCGUCCCUGUGGUGAUGGACCAGAUCGUCCAGUUCGGCAUGCUGGACAUGGUGACCACCUUUGUCGAGAACGAGAUUUGGGAGCUCAGUUCCAUCACGGCGGAAGUGGGCGCCGCCAUGGCGACGAAGCUGCAGAGCCGGUGGGAGGAGUUCGUGCAGGCCCGCCAGUUCUGGAGCGGCCUGGACCUGGGAGUCCUCGAGGUCGAGAUCAGCAAGAUGGUGACCAUCCUAGCGGCAGCAGGGAGCGGCAGCGGCUCGUCGUCGUCGCCGCUGUCGGCGACUGCCUACAUGUUGUCGUGGCUGUCGAGCUACCAGACGCAGCGGCCGACGGCGAUGGGCUCGCCGAGCAGCGUCGCCCCGGCGUUCGCCACGCUGAGCGUGCAGCUCACGGUGCAGGAGGCGACGACGAUUGUCGUCACGCCGCCUGGUGGAAACUUGGGCGGCGACGGCCUCGGCGGCUGCCCGCCGUGCGAGUGCGACGACGCCUGCGUGGAGCCGCGCCCGCCGCCGGUGUUUCUGCCGUCGGGGCGCGACGACGACACCUACCGCGUCAACGCUGCGUACCCGGCCGUGCUGCUGGACGCCAUCAACCAAGCAGCUAACCAAAUGUACCUGGCGUUGGUUCAAGCCAGCAACGUGAGGCGAUGCAACUCCUCCAACGUCGAGGUGCCGCCGCAGCCGCGGGCAGUCGCAUGAUCCGGCGAUGAAUGACGGCGACGGCGACUCGAUCUACCUUACACAUCCAUACUCGAUCAUCAUCGACGGAUCCGGCGUGUUCAUGCGUGGAGAAAUAAGGAGAGCUAGCUGCAGGCUGGCUACAGAUCUUGUAUUCAUGUGUGUGCUUACUAGUGUUUGAGUUCCAUGUGACAGUGUUCACUUGUACGUGUUCAUGUUUGUGUUCCUGUGUAACAUGGAUGACAUCGUGUACGACCAUGGUGUUAUGGAAUAAAUGAAGGAU